CAGCGCAGUAUUUCCAGACACGCAACUCCACUAAGUCAUCGGUACUCAUAAUGAUUCAACUUAAAUGUUUCUUUCUACUAUAUGUAUUUUUGGACGUGGUAAGUUUUCCAUAGAGGAUCUACUCUUCAAUUUCCAUUUUAAUUGUACAUUUAACAGACCUUGGCGGCCAAAUCGCAGAUGUACAUGAAGUUUACUAAUGCCCACUGUGAGUCGUUCAACAAAUCCUGGGUGGUAGUGAAUCAGUGUCGUUUGCGUGCGGUAAAACGGGAUGUUACGGCUCUAAAUAUCAAUGUAACACUUCUUCAUCCGGCCAACGAUAUACGGUUGGACAUAGCCUACUUGAAGAAAGCGAAUGGCUAUAAACCGUUUGUACUGAAUUCAACUAUAGACGCUUGUGAUUACAUUCGCAAGAAGAAUAAUCCAAUUGCAAAUCUGGUUUAUCCAUUUUUUCAACCCUUCAGUAAUAUAAAUCACAGCUGCCCCUAUGUUGGUGAUCAAAUAGUGAAGGACUUUUAUCCGAAGAAUGAAAUAGUUACUCUGUUUCUACCUACUGGAGAUUAUCUCUUGCUGUUGUCAUGGAUACUAAGUAAAAAGAAGACCUUGGUUACCAAUGUAUACUUUACUUGGAACGUGUGA